UCCUGCUCCUUAGCCUCUCCGGGCUAAUGCUGAAGGAAGCUAAGCUAGCGCCGGGUCCUCACCUGCGACAGUAAUGCAAGACCAGGGCAAAGUACUGGUGAUAUUUUAGUCCUAAAACAUCACGGUAGACGUCUCAGAGUAGCUAAAUAAACGAAGGGUGCGUUUUUGCUGCGGAAAUAUGGAAAGCGUGAACACCACGUCCGACAGGCCUUGUGAUCCCCGGUGUCUUGUGAAAUCCGAAGCCGGAAUCAGCGAGGGAAAUGUAGGCCAAGGCGUGGUGGACUUUCCGGUAGCUGUAGUACUUCCAGCCGCUGGCUCUGGUGAAAGGAUGGGCUUAUCCACACCGAAACAGUUCUGCACCUUCCUCAACAGACCUCUAAUCAGCUUCACCAUUGAAACUUUUGAGAGAAUUCCAUGGAUUGAGACCAUUGUGGUUGUGGUUGCUAAGGAGAGUCAUGACCAAAUGCUCCACAUCAUUGACAGAUUUCAUCAUACAAAAGUAAAGGUGGUUGAAGGGGGAGCUACAAGACAUAGGUCCAUUUUCAAUGGCCUGCAAGCCUUCAGUGAGAGCAUGGAGGGUCCGUCACCACUCCCCAGACCAAAGGUGGUCAUCAUCCAUGAUGCUGUGCGGCCAUUUGUGGAGGAAGACUUUCUGCUCAAAAUUACUUUGGCUGCCAAAGAGCAAGGGGCUUCAGGAGCCAUCCGUCCUCUGGUGUCUACGGUGAUUGCCACUACCUCAGAAGGCUACUUGGAUCAUUCUCUGGAGAGAACGAAAUACAGAGCCAGUGAAAUGCCCCAGGGCUUUCUCUAUGACAUAAUCUUUCAGGCCUACCAACGGUGUAGCGAGUUUGACUUUGAGUUUGGCACGGAGUGCCUGCACUUGGCCCUGCAGUACAGCGGCACCAAUGCCAAGCUCAUCGAGGGACCACAGACACUGUGGAAAGUGACAUACAAAAGAGAUUUGGCAGCAGCAGAGUGUGUUAUCAAAGAGACUCUCUCGCUGUCAGCAUGCCUCAUCUCAGGAACCAUGGCAGAGACCGUUGAGCUGGCCAGCAAGCUCCAGAAAAACUUGGCAGCUCACAGCAUGACAUUGGAUCUCCAUCCAUUUGUGAAGGGAAAUGAUGAGUUGCUGUCAAAGACCAGGAACUUCAUCCAGAUAUCUGCCAGAAGGGAAAGUUUGUCUGAAAUCACAGAGAUGGUCAAGGUUUUGGAGGAGAUGAACCAUGCCCUUUUGUAUCCAGUGGUUAUUAUAUGGGUUCAUUUAUGCAUGUCAGAAGAGCCAUUCCAUAGACAAAACCCUGAUGAGCUGAGUUCCAUCAUGGACAUCUCCAUGAAAGCCAAACAGAGGAAUAUAUUACUCUACGGUAUUGAGGUUAUUCACUCAAAGAUUCCUGAGCUGUGGGAGAGGUCUGUAGAGAGACUGUCAGAGAUCACAGCAGCUCUCAUCAGAGACAGAAACCCUGCAUUUACUGGACAAUUGCUACAAGCCUGAGAUAAACACAUACAGACAUGCAUUACACAUCAGUCAUUCACUAAACCUGCACUACUAUUUAUCUGCACCAUGCAUUAUCAAGCCCUCAUACACUAAGACAAGUUGUUUAACAAGAAGUUUGGUUGUUUGUUUAAAAUUGACGGAAGAUUGUCUCUUAUAGCAACUACAUGGAAGUUAGGCUGGAGUUUAAUCCUUUCAACUUUAGCCUUAUUAUUCCAUUAUUGAUUGUAAAGGAAUGAAUCAGUGAAAAACUAACCUUUCUACUUUUCCUAGAUGUCGGCAAUCAGCCAAGACACCUUUCAAUGCAACUUUUGCUCUUUAGUUUAUUGCUACAAGUCUACAAGUCUAACGUUGCUAAAAAUCAUUAGAAUUCAAUAGUUACCCAAAUCAUUUCUAAAAAAAAAAAACAUUCCCGAAACUUCUCUCAAACUGCAUCCAGGUCCUCAAUAAGGUCCCGUAGACUUGUCAAUGUGGUUUAGGACGUGACUUACUGUUAAAGUUGUGCUGUGUCUACUCCCCUUCGCAUGUUACACAGGCAUAGGGAAACUGCAUAAUGUUUGUGAUUUCUGUUGAUUUCGCACAAUGCUGCCUAAAAUGAGUGCCUGCUGCGUUCGUGAAAACUGUAAAAAUUGUUCACUUCUAUAGCUUGUAUAAGUCGCUCUGUGUCCUAAACCACAUCAUCAGUCUUUGUGACUUUAAUGAAGACCUGGUUGCGGUUUCAGUGGGUUGAGAGAAGUUUUAGGGAUCAAUUAAUAGAAAAGUGUUGGUGACUUUUGACUUCUAGUGUUUGUUAGUAAUAUUAGCCUCAUAGCACUAGCACUAAACUAAAGAAGGAAUGUUUGGACACCAAACACGUCUUGGCUGAUUGUCCACAUCUAGGAUAAGUGGAAAAAUGUGUAAAUUGUUUUUUGGUGAACCAUUCUUUUAAGGCUUAUUGUGCAGUAACUGCUUUGAAACUGCUGUGUAUGUUCUGUAGUCAGGGAAGUCAGGACCCAUCAACAGGUCCAUAGACAUUGAGGUUUACCAGUGACUCACUGGUGACUCAUUAUUAAAACAUGAUUCAUAAGUGGUAAUGCGCCCUAGAUAUAUCAGACUUGGUCAAAAUCAUGUUUUAUGGUUUAUGUAUUAUUCUUUGUGUUUUCCUUAUAGCAACUGCAGUGCCCUGCAAUGUGAAUGCUGCAGUCUGGUCCAGUCUCAGUUCAGGGUGAAAGCAUGAAAGACCCUGUUUUUAAGCAAAUAUUGCCCUCUUGUGGAAUAGCAUGAGAAAUGUAUCCCUCUUUGGCACAUCACACUAUUACCAUUAGGGGCAGUAUGGGCAUAGAAAAUAGAAAAUCAGCAAAAAUGGUGCAUGUUUUGCUCAAACUUUAAUAUCACAAUGAAGAUGAAAUAUUUUCAUGAAAAUGUGUGACUGUAGUUUGAACUGAGUGUAGACCUUCCUGAUCAUCAUCUUUGUGACUAACGUCAGGUACAAACUCACUACUCUUACCAGGUAUAAUCGUUUUGGAAUAGUUUUGAAGCUUUAUUUCUAUGUUCUUAUUUUCUCAUGAAAUUUAGUCAUAGUUUAGUUUUUGUUACUUUUAAGAGGCCUGUUUUCCUUAAUAUAUAUAUUUUAUAUUGUAUACUUUGGUUUUAACCAUCAGAGUACGCUACCCAGAUUUGUAGCCUUUUAUAUACUGUAAGUUUCUAAGCAAUCUUUUUUCUUAAUUAUCAUGAGCAGUUGUGCAUUAGUGUGAAUCAAAUGCCUGUUUACUAAGAAAUGUCCACUUUUUAAAUAUUUUUAUACUGCUUUAAUUAACUUUAAUGACUGAUUAUUCAUGUAGUUUUCAUUUUGAUGUGCUUUAUGAUUGAAUUUAUGACAAUUUAUAAGAGGUUUUGAUAGGAUCAAUUAUACAGAAUUACUUCUAAUGGAGUGAAUGCAAUUUAAAAAAAUGUUUGACAAAAUUACUCAUACAGUUUUACUUAAUUGUUAUAAUGGGGAAAAUAUAAUAUACCACUCGUAAUACUGCCCAAACAAAAAAACAAAACACAAAAAAAACAUCUUUGAGAACAUUGCUGUAACAAAGAUUCUAUUUUUAGGUGUGUUUAGUUUUGCGUAUGAUGUUAUUUCAUAGCAGACACUGCUAUCCUGAUGCUUCUUUGGGACUUCAAACAGCAGCUUUCCAAUUUGUUUGGCGGUUAGGCUUAACACUAGCCAGACCAGAGGGAUCCUGCUGACCACAUUUCAUAAACUGGGCUGUUUUUAUAGCGUUACCCUGGCUUGAGGAAAACAGGGCCUCAGAUGAGCCCCUAAAUUUGUGUCGGCACUCCGGGGCCAGGCUGGCCUCUCGCUCCUCCUGAGCCAACCGCUGAUUGCUAAUUGAUUAUGGCCUUGGGUUUCCCGUUGGCUGAGCCAGAGUGUGAGGUAAUUAUGGAGGGUGGCAGGAGAGCAAGAGCGUAUUCUAACCCCCCCAUCCUUUCAGCUAGCCAUGGAAAAGAACAGUGCAUAGAGCAAGUAGAAACCAACAGAAAUAAUCAGGAGCCGGAAAUCAUCCUUUAGUUUUCUUUGAGUUACGUCUACACCUUUGGCAAGAAAUGUGGGGGGAAAAAAAACCCAAAAAAUAAUUUUUUUUUUCCUUGCAAAGCAAGACUGUAUGCACAAAAGUACAUUUUUGUAAAAUUCAAAUCAUAAUAGCAUAGCUCCUCUUCUACUUACAAACACACUUGAAAGGUUAGAAUGUGCACUUUUUACAAAAUGUCUCUACUUGUUUCAAAGGCAUAUCAAUAUCAGCGGGAAACCGUGUCGUAACAAGUCUGUCCCGAAAUAGCUUGCACUUCAUGUUACCAUGUGUUGUUGGAUAUGUGUUUAUUCUUGUGGUAUAGUAGAGAGCUUCAGUUUGAGCAUUAGCUUAUUUGAAAGCUUAACAGGAACAAGCAAGUGAACAUAUCACACUAAAUCCUGGCAUCAUUUCACUGGCUUCCAGUGUCUUUCAGGAUGGAUUAAAGUACUGCUACUGGUUUUAAAGCACUAGAUGGAUUAGCACCAUCAUGCAUUGUCUGUCUCUGCAUACACCGAGUCAUUCUUUAAGAUCCAGCACUGCAGACCUGUUUAAUGUUAGACAGACGGCAUUAGUACAGAAUUUUAAGAAGCAGUGAAAGACAUGCUUUUUUACAAGCUUUAUUUUUUGUAAGUUUACUGCUAUUAUUUCUGUUAUUAUUGUUGCUGAUUUUACUUUUAUUACUGUUUUUGUUAUUCGUGUUUCUUAUUUUUGUGUUAUUUUACCAUAUUUUUGUUUUUUCAUGUUCUUGCAUGUUUUUAUUUUUUUAAUCUUUUUUCUAAACAGAUUAAAACAUGCUUUUUUGUUAUUACUGGUGAGAACUAUGACUUCUAACGGUUAAUGUGCUCUGUUUUCUAUCAAAAGCCCUGAACAGCUGUAGCUAUAGAAGCUAAAGAAAACAGCUCUCAACUUCAGUGCUAAAACUUAUUAAUGUGCUGUGUUGCCCUCCCCUCACUUAUUUGAUUCAGUCUUCCUAUGGGCACUGUUUUAAUUUGUUCCACAUUUUCAUGUGACAUAUACAUAUGUGAAGUGAGGGUUUUUUUUCUUCUUCUUCUUCCCUUGUUCUUGAGACUCAGCAGGGUACAGGCAUGGUGAAAGACAAGAACGGCUCUCAGUGUGAAGCCACCGCUCGUGAUUGAGAUGGAUUAACCACUUCUCAGGCACUCUGGAUUGUUUGCCUCUGAAGCUUCUUGGUGAAACGCACACAAAAACUCUUUCUGUUAAUACUGAUAUCACAACACAACACAUUUUUUUAUUAAUAGAUGUAUGAAGAUCAGUUUCAAUUUGUGUAAUAGCAUAAUGGUACCCUUUACUAUACACAAAGGCACUAGAACAGAUUCCUUUCCACUUCCAAUAUCAUGAGAAAUAAUUUUGGGAGUUGUGUGGUGGUUGUUGUAUGUAGCCGAGGUGUCAGUUAUAAAUUAUUAUGUAAAACACAACUCUUAGAACUCAUAUUAAACCCAAGAUAGCUUGUUGCUUUGUUUAGCUAUAGUCAGUAAUGACAGAAGGAAGAAGCUCUAACCUGUUCUACAGUCAUUUUCAACACUGCUUUCCUGUGCUGUGAUCAUUUGUUGACUAAUGUCAUGACUGUUACAGGUAAAAGUCCUUAUUUUUUCUCAAUUAUUGUCAUAUUUAUCAUUAUUGGGAUACUUUGCAAGGAUGUUUAUAACAACUUGCAGAUGAUCUUGCAGGAUUUUAAUGACACAAUAGAGAGAACGAAACAAUGGAAUAGACAACAAAAUUGAAUUGCUAUAUAUCGUUAAGCACAGUUGAAGGUGUACUUUGUUCAUAUAGUUUUACAUUUUAACUGUCGUAAGUUGUAAACCCAAAUUUGCACAAACGCAAACUGACUGCUGAUUAGCUGAGGCUCAGCAAUGGCUCACAUGAAUGGAAUGAAUAUGCACUGAUGCUUUUCUCUUUAAACCAUUCAGUAGAUUUCCCUGCAUUGAGUCUUUUUAAUGAAACACAGUCACCUGCUAUGUUUUCAAAAUGCAGUACUGAGUCAAAAUCAUAUCGAGGUGAUCUGAUUCCCAUGUUCUCCUGUUCUCCCAGCUGUGAGAGUUUGUGGGAAAUUCACUGUGAUAGCUGCUAAUUGAGAACAGCUGUGAUUCAAACUCUGAAGUGCUUGAGAUAUUUAUUCAUGAGAGCGGCUUCAGUCAUUUUCUGAUGUUUGAGUUGUAGCAUGUAAAAUGCAUGGUGCAGUCAAGAUGGAGUUCAGCUGAGGGUUCUGCUCCCCCUGGAGUUGUGCAUUUCACAUUCAGCAGUUUAACUCAGUUUGUGUUCUGAACGUCCUUUGAAUUCCUCUGGUUCCCACCUGCUUAGAAUUAUAGGACAGUUCCAGCAGAGGGAGAAAAGACAGGAAAAAUAGACUGUAUGGAAUGUAUUCACCUAAUGUACCUGUGUACGUAUGUUUGGGAGAUGUUUGUUAUUUAUUUAGUACAGGUGCAUUUUCAGAAAUGUUUUUUUUUUCCUUUUGCAUUCCCCAUGUAUGAAAAGUAACAAAGGUUGAGUAGAAUAUGAGUGGAAUGAGGGGGUGUAUGUGAGAUGGCCUCAGCAGAACAUGACCGAUGCUCAGUGCCUGGCGGCCUCCCACUGUCCUGCAGAAAUGAUUUAUGACUGCAAAUCACUCACACUCACCGCGGCCUGUAGAAUCUGCAGAGACACCGCUAGACACCGUAUUCUCUUCUGCACAAAUGCACAAGCCACAGAUCUCAUAUUAGCAAAGUUACUCUUUAUAUUUUAAAUACAAUUUAUAUAAUUAGAGAGGCAACACUUCUUACACCUUCUCUUCUUUUAUAAGAGACUUGCUUUCAGUUUUUCUGCAGGAUUUUUUUUUUCUACACCUGCAAAGUUCAGUAAAGUUGGUUGCGUUUCCUGCUUCUCACGAUCCAAACACUCCCAAAUAUAUUCAGUGAUGUUGAGGUCUUGGUUCUGGGGUGGCCAGAGAACACCAGCAGCUUUUUGUUUGAUAAAUACAUCUUGGAUCUUCACAGCAAUGUGACUGGGCUGAUUAUCUUGCUGUAAAAUGAAUUUCUUCCCAAACAUUCUUCAAACAUUUUCCAGAAGAUACUGCACGAUGAGUUGUUUGUACUUGUCAGCAUUCAUGAUGCCUUUCAAUUAAAAACAAAUCCAGUCAUCAA